AUGGAUUGGCAGGGCCAGCGCCUCGCGGAGCGCCACGUUGCUCGCGUGCCUCGUGGUGGUUCCCGAUUGGCCCGCUUUCCGCCGGCAUCCGCUGACGUGGCUCGAGCCGCGGCCGGCGGAGUCUACAUCGACGAUCCAGGAGAUGCUGAAAGCUCGCGGGUCAAAAAAGGCGGGAAAGGCGAAAAAGUGACUGGCGACGAAGAUUCGCAGUCGUCUUCUUCCCUCCCCUCACAGCCUAACCUAGAUUCCACCCAGCCAGCAGCAGAGGCAGACAUGCCUGUCUGA